AUGGCAUUCUUCAGUAAUUCUGGGAGCAGGGCUGAUUCGGGGGGGUACAACUUGAACGAGAAGGCUGAUGACGAAGGCGCCUAUGAGUCAGUCAGGGAUAGGGACGCCGACUUGAACUCGGGCCAGUUGAACUUGAAUGAGAAGGCUGAUGAUGCCUACCACAGUGAGGAGGAGCAAUACGAAGCUGGCCAGUCAGGUCUGAACCCUUCUGAGAUUAAAUCAGGGCAGAAUGCCCCGAGAGUAGGUGGCCCUUCUGGCCCAUGGGGUACAAACUUUUUGAAGGACUGCAGAUCCACGGAAGGGGAAGAACCGUCAAAUAGUGAUAGGGGAAUGGAAGACGGGUCUGCGGCUAGCUCACAUGAUGACAUGGAUGGUAGUGGAGAGGAUGAUGAGCUAAACAGAGGGCACGGGGAUGUGCCCGCUGAGGAAAUGCUUUCUGAUGACUAUUAUGAGCAGGAUAGAGAGGAGCAGAGUGAUUCAUUGAGUCGUCGUGGGAUGAGCCACCCAAGCUGUUCCACUUCUGGGGCCGCAUCAAAAUCUGUACCCUCAAGACAAAAGAAGUCGACAAAGGGCAGUGCUUAUGACGACGAUGAUGAUGCGUAUAAUGAUGAGAAUGACAAUGACGACGAUGAUGACGAUGACGCAGAUGAAGAUGAUCCAGAUGAUGUGGAUUUUGAGCCAGACAGUGAAACCGACAAGGCUGCUGUUAAGAUCCAGAUCCAGAUUGGGGUUCGAUCCAGAUCGGAAAUCACUGCCCGAUUCGCCAAACUAGAACUGAUCUCAAGUUUCCCCCCGAUUCGUGGAUCUCAAGUGAACCCAUCGAUUCAGCAGCCAUUACGGGCUAGAUGCUACCGCAGCUCCUCUGUUGCCAGGGCUGUCCAGGAGAAGCUUGUGGACAGUGAGAACUCAGGCGAAGAAGAAGAAGAUGAUGAGCUUGAGCUCUCGGAUGAUGAUGAUGAUUUUAUUGAUAGUAGGAGGCAAUCGAAACGACUUAAGGUCGGAGGAACUAAAACUUCCCAGCGAAAAAAGCUUCCUAUGCAGGCUCCACGCAAACGAGGUGUAUCUUUCACAGACGAAGAAUAUUCUUCAGGAAAAGACUCAGAUGCACCCAAUAGUCCUGAUUUUAGUCAUCGACCGAAAAAACCUGUCAGGUUGCAUCUGAAAACUGUGGGCCAUAAUGAUGUUUUCUCAAAUGUCAAUUCCCAUAAUGAAUCCCGAACUUCGGGGAGGAGGAGGACACAGAGAAAUAUCUCAUAUGCUGAAAGUGACAGUGACGAUAGUGAGGAGAAGUCAACUAAACAACAAAAGCUCUUGAAGGAGGAUCAAGAUGAAGAAGAUGGAGAAACAAUUGAAAGGGUCAUUUGGUAUCAGCCAAAGGGUGUUGCUGAGGAUGCACUGAGGAAUGGUCAAUCGACUCAACCUACUGUUAUGAGCAUGCCAUCAGAUUUUGAUCAACAAUGGGAUGAUGUAGAGUUCUACAUAAAAUGGAAAGGGCAGUCUUACUUACAUUGUCAGUGGAAGACAUUGUCCGAGCUUCGUAGUGUUAGUGGAUUUAAAAAAGUUCUAAAUUACAUGAAAAGAGUGUCCGAGGAGCAGAGGUACAAGAGGUCACUAUCGCGCGAAGAGGUUGAGGUGCAUGAUGUGGGCAAGGAAAUGGAGUUGGACCUUAUUAAGCAAUAUAGCCAGGUUGAACGGGUAUUUGCUGAUAGGGCAACCAAAGUGGAUGAGGAUGUUGUGGUGCCAGAAUAUUUAGUCAAAUGGCAGGGACUUCCUUACGCAGAAUCGACCUGGGAAAAAGAUACAGAUAUUGAAUUUGCUCAAGAAGCAAUAGAUGAAUACAGGGCCCGUGAAGUUGCCACUGCCAUACUGGGGAAAACAGUUGAUUUCCAAAGGAAGAAAAGCAAAGGCGAUCCAUGGUCUUGUCUUGAGUUAUCCGUUUCCUUGCGUUGCUGUAUCACUAUUCUUGAACUUCAUCUAAUACUAAGUUUAUGUUACUCAGCUAGUUUGAGAAGGCUUGAUGAUCAACCAGAAUGGCUAAAAGGAGGUAAACUUCGCGAUUAUCAGCUUGAAGGUCUAAACUUUCUCGUUAAUGGGUGGAGAAAUGAUACUAAUGUUAUUCUUGCCGAUGAGAUGGGUCUGGGAAAAACCAUUCAAUCAGUUUCCAUGCUUGGCUUCCUUCAUAAUGCUCAAGAAAUUAAUGGCCCAUUUCUUGUCGUUGUGCCGCUCUCAACAUUGUCAAAUUGGGCAAAAGAAUUUCGGAAGUGGCUACCUGACAUGAAUGUUGUAAUUUAUGUCGGAAAUCGUGCUAGCAGAGAGAUGUGUCAGCAGCAUGAGUUUUUUACAAAUAAGAAGGGUGGGCGGCAUGUAAAAUUCCAUACUUUGAUUACUACUUAUGAGGUGAUACUUAAGGACAAAGCUGUCCUUUCAAAAAUCAAAUGGAAUUAUCUUAUGGUUGAUGAAGCCCACCGUUUGAAGAAUUCUGAAGCAUCACUGUAUAUUGCUCUUUUGGAGUUCAGCACCAAAAAUAAGCUGCUAAUAACUGGGACCCCUUUGCAGAACAGUGUUGAAGAGCUGUGGGCACUACUUCAUUUCCUUGAUCCAGUCAAAUUUAACAGCAAGGAUACUUUUGUUGAGAGAUACAAAAAUUUGAGUUCGUUUAAUGAAACUGAGCUUGCAAAUCUCCACAUGGAAUUGAGGCCCCAUAUUUUAAGGCGAGUUAUAAAAGAUGUCGAGAAGUCUCUACCUCCAAAAAUUGAGCGAAUUCUUCGUAUCGAAAUGUCUCCCCUACAGAAACAAUAUUACAAAUGGAUUCUGGAGCGAAAUUUUCAGAAUCUGAAUAAAGGAGUUCGCGGGAAUCAGGUCUCGCUUUUGAAUGUUGUCGUCGAGUUAAAAAAGUGUUGCAACCAUCCAUUCUUGUUUGAAAGUGCUGAUCAUGGUUAUGGUGGAGAUAGCAUUGGUGAUCGCAAUAAAGUUGAACGUAUUGUUAUGAGUAGUGGGAAGUUAGUUUUGUUGGACAAGCUACUGCUGAGACUGCGGGAGACUAAUCAUCGCGUGCUUAUAUUCUCUCAGAUGGUGCGGAUGCUGGACAUCCUUUCUGAGUACCUAUCCCUUCGAGGCUUCCAGUUUCAGAGGCUUGAUGGCAGUACAAGAGCGGAUCUUCGUCACCAGGCCAUGGAACAUUUUAAUGCUCCUGGAAGCGAUGAUUUUUGUUUCCUUCUGUCUACACGUGCUGGUGGACUUGGUAUUAAUCUUGCAACAGCAGAUACAGUGAUAAUUUUUGAUUCAGAUUGGAAUCCUCAAAAUGAUCUACAGGUUCUUGAUCACUUGGUGAUUCAGAAGCUGAAUGCUGAGGGCAGGCUCGAGAAGAAAGAAACCAAAAAGGGUGGCUCCAUGUUUGAUAAGAAUGAACUUUCAGCCAUACUGAGGUUUGGGGCAGAGGAGUUGUUCAAAGAAGAGAAGACUGAUGAAGAGACCAAGAGGAAGCUUGAAAGCAUGGACAUUGAUGAAAUACUUGAGAGAGCUGAGAAAGUUGCUAAUUUUUCCAGCGGUGAGGAUGAUGCCUCAUUCUGGAGUAGACUAAUACAACCAGAUCCCGCAGAUAUGGGUCAGGAAACUUUAGCACCUCGUGCUGCACGGAAUAAAAAGAGCUAUGUUGAGGAUCACCAACUCGACAAAAAUAGCAGCAGGAAAAGGCGAGCGGUUGACGCACAAGAAAAGCCAAGAAGGCGUUCCAGCAGAACAGUCGACACAAUGGUUUCGUUACCAUUUAUUGAUGGAGCAGUCGCUCAAGUACGGAACUGGUCAUUUGGAAAUAUGCCUAAGAAGGACGCCUCCCGCUUUGUUCGAGCGGAGCUAUAUAUGUGUUUGGCGUAUUUUCUCCAGCUUCAUCUAUCUAAUUCUCAUGGUGAACUUCAGGUUAAGAAGUUUGGAAAUCCAAGCCAAAUUGGCUUAAUUGUGGAUGAUGUUGGUGGUGCAAUAGCAAAGGCUCCAUGUGAAGCACAAAUUGAGCUGUAUGAGUCGCUCAUUGAUGGCUGUCAGGAAGCUGUGAAAGAGAACACAGACAUCAAGGGCACAGUGUUGGAUUUUUUUGGUGUACCAGUGAAGGCCUAUGAGUUGUUGGCUCGUGUUGAAGAGCUUCAAUGCUUGGCAAAGCGCAUCGCACGUUACAAAGAUCCAGUUAGACAAUACCGGAUCCAAUCACCUUACAAAAAGCCACAGUGGUCGGCAAGCUGUGGAUGGAUUGAAACUGAUGAUGCAAGAUUGCUGCUUGGAAUUCACUGGUAUGGUUACGGAAACUGGGAGAAGAUACGAUUGGAUCCAAAGCUUGGUCUGACAACAAAAAUUGCACCAGCAACACUUGGUGAGAGAGAAACAUUUUUACCACGCGCACCAAAUUUGGAUAAUCGUGCUAGUGCUCUCCUGCAAAAGGAAUAUGCCAAUCUGAGUGGAAAGAGCUCAAAAGCCAAAGGGGGUACUAGCCAAAAAGUCAAUAAUGAAAAUGGUGGUGCUCGAUCGUUUAAAGGCCGGCAAAAAGAUGCAAAACCACAAGAGGAUAUUAAGUCGAACAAAGAUGACAUUAAGAAACGCAAGGUGGUGGAAGAAGCUGAAGCAAGAGAAGAGGGUGAAAUUUCAGAGUCUGAAGAACAGAUUAAAUAUCGUUUGGAAAAGGAGGAAAAGUGGCUGGAAUGGUGCUCUGAAGCUUUGGAUGAAGAGCAGGACAUAUUGAAACGCCUCGAUAGGUUACAGAAUACAAGUUUAAAUCUUCCGAAGGAAAAGGUUCUUUCAAGAAUUCGCCGGUACCUACAGAUAAUCGGUGAAAAGAUUGGAAAAGUCGCUGCCCAACAUGUAGAAUCGUACAAGCAGUCCCGUAUGACCACAAGAUUAUGGAAUUAUGUGGCAAGAUUUUCAAAUAUGUCUGGGGAGCAAUUGUGCGAUCUCUAUUUAAAAGUUUGUCAGGACCAAAUGGAAGCUGGAGUCGGCCCCUCACAUGGUGGCAAUUUUGCACCUGCUUCUAACAGAGGUUCUUCAAAUCAGCCUCAUCCUCCUAGAAACCAAAGGUCAACAAGGUCUUUCCAGCACACUCCAGAGCCUCUUAAUAAUGGUGAAAACACUGGGAAUUCGGAAGCCUGGAAGCGCCGGAGGAGAGCUGAUCAGGAUAAUCAGUUUGACACCCAAACAAUGUAUCAACCUCCUCCAUUUAUGGCAAAUGGUAACAGGUCGCAGGAAUCUAGCAGUUCUGCUGGUAUUCUUGGUUGGGGUCCAGUCGAAAUGAGACGAUAUGGCACUGAAAGAUCAAAGAGGGGUUCCUGGGUGACGCUGAUGAACUUGUGUGGUAGCCCGGCUUGUUGCGACCAGGGCGUCCUCAGAGAAGUAUUCAACGCCUCCACCUGCGUGAAUCACCUGGUGGAAACGGGCAUCGUCGCGCCUCUCGCGGUCGUGCUCUUGCUCCGGUUCCUCGUCCGGCUCCCCGAGAGCAGAGCGUCCGCCACGCGCCGCCAGCGGCUUCUCAGGCCCAGCUCACCGCUGCAUCUCGCCACCGUGGUGUUCAAUGGCUGCUUGGGGUUGUUCCAUCUCGUCCUAGGACUCUGGAUGCUGCUGGGGAGCAACUUCGACAACCAUCCGGAUGCCUCUAGGACUUGCCUGCCGCACUGGUGGCUUGUGACACUGUCCCAGGGAUUCAGCUUGCUCCUCGCCGGCUUCGCUUUCGCCGCCGGGAGCCGGUUUCUCGGGUCGGUGUUCGCUCAAUCAUGGUCGGUCUUGCUGACCAUCUAUGCGGUGUUCGUCUCCUGUUCCUCGGUUGUCGCCAUUGUUGCUCAGAAGCCGAUCACUGUUAAGGCCUGUUUGGAUCUCCUGUCGCUGCCAGGCGCAGUUAUGUUUCUUGUCUACAGCAUUCACAGCAGCCAUGCCCAUGAUGAUCAAGAGGGACAUGAAGGAUUAUACGAGCCACUGAAGACGGAUGACACAGCUGACAGUGAGGUAGCUGAUGACUCUUCAGAGGUCAGCCAGCAGAAGGUGACUCCCUUUGCCAGAGCUGGCAUUUUGAGCCAGAUGACAUUCUGGUGGCUGAACCCUCUGAUGAAGACGGGCUACGAGAAGCCCCUCGGCGACAAAGACAUGCCGCUGCUAGGCGCCACGGACCGGGCACAGAGCCAGUACUCGAUGUUCGUGGAGAAGCUGAACAAGAAGAAGCAGACGUCACAUGAUGGCACACCACCAUCAAUCCUGUGGGCUAUCGUUUCUCAUCACAAGUGCGGGAUCAUGGUGUCAGGUCUCUUCGCCCUGCUCAAGGUGCUCACCUUGUCCACAGGCCCGCUGCUCCUGAGGGCAUUCAUCAACCUGUCAACCGGGAAAGUGACCUCCGAUUCCAAGCAUGAAGGCUAUACGCUGGCCGCGCUCAUGUUCAUCUGCAAAUUGUGCGAGUCGCUGUCGCAGAGGCAGUGGUACUUCCGCACGCGGAGGCUGGGGCUCCAGGUGAGGUCGCUUCUCUCGGCGGCCAUCUACAGGAAGCAGCAGAAGCUAUCGAGCUCGGCGAAGAUGGCACACUCCUCCGGGCAGAUCAUGAACUACCUCACCGUCGACGCGUACCGGGUCGGGGAGUUCCCGUACUGGUUCCACCAGACAUGGACGACGGUCGUCCAGCUCUGCAUCGCUCUGGCGAUCCUUUACAGCGCGGUCGGCGCCGCCAUGGUCUCGUCCCUGGUCGUCGUCGUCAUCACCGUGCUCUGCAACGCUCCGUUGGCCAAGCUGCAGCACAGGUUUCAGAGCAAGCUGAUGGAGGCGACGGACGCGAGGUUGAAGGCCAUGUCAGAGUCACUGGUGCACAUGAAGGCGUUGAAGCUCUACGCGUGGGAAGGUCACUUCAGGAAGGCCAUUGAGGAGCUGAGGGAGGUCGAGUACAGGUGGCUGUCGGCGUUCCAGCUUAGCAGGGCGUACAACAGCGUCCUCUUCUGGUCGUCGCCUGUCUGGGUCUCGGCGGCGACAUUUCUGACAUGCUACUUUCUGGAGAUCCCUCUUGAUGCCAGCAACGUCUUCACCUUCAUCGCGACCCUGCGCCUGGUGCAGGACCCGAUUCGGGCCAUACCGGAGGUUCUCGGAGUCGUGGUGCAGGCUAAGGUUGCUUUCACUCGGAUAGAGAAGUUUCUAGGUGCACCUGAGCUGAAUGGACGAGCCAAGGAGAAAUGUUCCUCUGCAGGCAUCGGUUACCCGGUAGCUAUGAACUCGUGCUGGUUCUCGUGGUGCGAAGAUCCAUCAAAGCCUAACCUGAAGGAUGUAAAUUUGGUGGUCAAAGCUGGGGAGAAGGUUGCGAUUUGCGGGGAGGUAGGGUCGGGGAAGUCGACGCUUUUGGCUGCGAUACUCGGAGAGGUCCCGAAAACUGAAGGCACGAUUCAAGUCUGCGGAAAAAUAGCAUAUGUGUCACAGAACGCAUGGAUCCAAACCGGAACCGUGCAGGAGAACAUUCUCUUCGGGUCUCGUAUGGACAGCCAAAGGUACCAGGAAACACUCGCGAGGUGCUCGCUGGUGAAGGACCUUGAGAUGUUGCCGUACGGAGACGAUACUGAAAUCGGGGAGAGGGGAGUGAACCUGAGUGGCGGUCAGAAGCAGCGCCUUCAGCUUGCUCGUGCGUUGUACCAAGAUGCAGACAUAUAUCUCCUCGACGACCCUUUCAGCGCCGUCGAUGCCCAUACAGCAACCGGCCUCUUCAAUGUAAGGAUCACAAUUAUCAGCAGCUUUGCAGAGAAUAUGUCAUGGGCGCUCUUUCAGACAAGACUGUUCUUCUGGUCACCCACCAAGUCGAUUUUCUACCCGUCUUCGACUCCAUUCUGGUCUCCCUCUCACACACACAUAUCUAUAAUGGCCUUGAUGUCAGAUGGGGAGGUUAUUCGGUCGGCACCUUAUCGAGAUCUAUUGGCGGACUGUCAAGAAUUCAAAGACCUUGUAAAUGCCCAUAAGGAUACCAUUGGGAUUUCAGAUGUUGAUAACAAUGCUGCUCCUCACAGAGCAAACGGAACAUCAACAAAGGAGAAGCAUCAUGCCUAUGGAAGUGGAUACACAAAGUCUGAGAAGCCAUCACCAGCACACCAACUGAUCAAGGAAGAGGAAAGAGAGACAGGAGACACUGGACUUAAGCCCUACAUGAUUUACCUGCGCCAGAACAGAGGCUUCAUGUAUGCCUCUCUGUGUGUCAUUUCUCACAUGAUCUUCAUAGCGGGGCAAAUAGCGCAGAACUCUUGGAUGGCGGCGAAUGUCCAAGAUCCGCGUGUCAGUACACUGAGGCUAAUCACUGUGUACAUUGUUAUCGGACUUUGCACGAUGUUGUUUUUGCUAUCAAGAUGUCUAUCGGUUGUUGUUCUCGGGGUCCAGACAUCGAGAUCCUUGUUUUCCCAGUUACUUGACUCGUUGUUCCGUGCACCGAUGUCCUUUUAUGAUUCUACUCCUCUAGGAAGGGUCCUUAUCCGGGUCUCUUCCGAUUUGAGUACUGUCGACCUUGAUGUCCCAUUCGCGUUCAUGUUUAGCCUUAGUGCCAGCCUGAAUGGAUACAGCAAUCUGGGGGUAUUGGCUGUUGUUACAUGGCAAGUUCUAUUUGUGUCCGUGCCAAUGAUAGUUUUGUCAGUUAGACUACAGAAGUAUUACUUAGCCUCUGCUAAGGAACUUAUGCGGAUCAAUGGCACUACCAAGUCCGCUCUAGCAAAUCACCUAGGCGAAUCGAUUUCAGGGGCUAUAACCAUAAGGGCCUUCGAGGAAGAAGAUCGUUUCUUUGAUAAAAAUUCUGAUCUUGUUGACAAGAAUGCUAUCCCAUACUUCUACAACUUUGCAGCAACAGAAUGGCUGAUUCAACGCCUUGAAAUAAUGAGUGCUGCAGUCCUUUCUUUUUCUGCAUUUCUCAUAGUUCUUCUUCCUCCAGGAACUUUUAGCCCUGGUUUUGUGGGAAUGGCUUUGUCGUAUGGUCUUUCCCUAAAUAUGUCUUUUGUUUCCUCUAUUAGAAAGCAAUGCACCUUUGCGAAUCAAAUAAUAUCCGUGGAACGGGUGAACCAGUACAUGGACAUAAAAAGUGAAGCAGCAGAAGUCAUCGAAGAAAACCGGCCGGCACCGGAUUGGCCUCAAAUUGGUAGUGUGGAGAUUAGAGAUUUGAAGAUUAGGUACAGAAAGGAUGCUCCCCUUGUACUGCAUGGAAUCAGUUGCAAGUUUGAAGGUGGAGAUAAAAUUGGUAUAGUUGGUCGAACAGGAAGUGGGAAAACAACGUUAAUUGGCGCAUUGUUUCGCCUUGUCGAACCAUCUGGAGGGAAAAUAAUUAUUGACUCUUUGGACAUCACUUCUAUCGGCUUACAUGACCUGCGUUCACAUUUGGGCAUCAUCCCACAAGAUCCAACACUUUUUCAGGGCACUGUAAGAUAUAAUCUAGAUCCUCUUGGGCAAUUCUCAGAUCAACAAAUAUGGGAGGUUCUUGAUAAAUGUCAACUUCUUGAAACUGUCCAGGAGAAAGAACAGGGAUUGGAUUCACUUGUCGCGGAAGAUGGGUCGAACUGGAGCAUGGGCCAAAGGCAGCUCUUCUGUUUGGGACGCGCACUUUUGAGAAGGUGUCGCAUCUUAGUUCUUGAUGAAGCCACGGCCUCUAUAGACAAUGGAACAGAUGUUGUCCUUCAGAAGACUAUUCGAACAGAAUUCAAACAUUGCACCGUUAUUACAGUGGCACACCGUAUACCGACAGUUAUGGACUGUGACAUGGUACUUGCAAUGAGCGAUGGGAAAAUAAUGGAGUAUGACAGACCUACAAACCUAAUGGAAACUGAAGGAUCUUUCUUCCGCGAGCUGGUCAAGGAGUAUUGGUCAUACACAUCAAACGGAAAUAUAUAG